CCGCGUUUGACUCAGUCCACGCCUCUCGAACACCCUUCCUUACCACAUUCUCCGUUCGAGGAUACUGGUACUAAUUUAGGAUCUGCAGAGCGAACAGAACUCUGGGGCCUUUCAUUAUUCUCGCUCUUGGGUUUUCCUUGUGAAUAUUACUGCCCUUAUUCCGAACGAAGGUCUGCAGUAUGCAGGACUUGGCGCAGCUUGUGGAGGAUGGAGGAGAGAACUUUGCCCAAUUGAUCUGGGGGCCAAUGCUCAUCGGGACCUUCCUCAACAUUCUCCUGUACGGCGUCUCCGUCUCGCAGUUGUACAUUUAUUAUGGCAACUACCAGCGAGAUAAGCCAUGGAUGAGAGUCUUCAUCUGCAUAUUAUUCCUUGCAGACACUGUCAAUACCGCCUUUGAUAUGCAGCUAAACUACGCUGCGUUGAUCAACCACUUCGGCGAUAACGACUUCAUCCAGACAGCAACUUGGGUCUUCCAAACAGACCCCGCAAUGACUGGCAUCAUUGGCAUGAUGGUCCAAGUGUUCUUUGCCUGGCGUAUCAAAGUCCUCUCCGGCAGUCUCUGGGCAGCCCUCCUCAUCGGGUUGUUCGCUGUUUUGGAAUGUCUGGCUGGCAUCGGGACAGCAAUAGCAGUCGGCUUCGUCCCAAAAUUCUUUGAUUUUCAGAUCUUCAAACCUGCAGUGGUCAUUUGGUUGGCCUGUUCCGCUCUUUGUGACUGUUUGAUCACGCUUGUUCUGGUUCUAUAUCUGAGAAAGCACAAAAGCGGCUUCGUCGCGACGGACAGUAUCAUCGAUAAAAUCAUCAGACUGACGGUUCAAACGGGUGCAGUCACGUCGAUCGUUGCCGUCACUGAUCUUAUCCUCUUCUUGGCAUCCCCUGCUGGCCUCCACCUAGCCUUCAACUUCCCACUAUCAAAAUUCUAUACCAACUCCCUCCUUUCAAGUCUAAACGCUAGAGGAGGAUGGGCCUACAGCUCAUCUUCGCAACCUGAACGAAGCGUGAACAUGCUCAGCAGUCAAGUACAACGACGAAGGGACGUCGUCACUUUCGAGCAAUCAACUGUGCGACCGGAAGUAUACGUCGACGUCGAACAGCAUGAGAUGGUGGACUCCAUGCGAGUAGACAUGAAGCAGACAGACUCUGACUUUGAUGGGUCCGCUGGGGAAGAUGGAAUGGGUAUGCACCGCGCAAAGGCUUUAUGACUCUGAGUCCGUGACUGUACGACUUGUUCGUGGGAGCGGCCGUCGAGUUUUUGUUGAAUCUUGUGGGACGUGAGGGGCGUCUGUUGGAGUGUUUUGUUGUUGUGUAUGAGAAUAUCGGCGUGUCUACC